AUGACCCCAAUCAACUUCGGCUCCCUCCAACGCAUCCCGCUCUCCUACGCCUCCUGCUCCAUCGGCUGCAGACCCAGCGACUCCCUCCCGCGCAAACUCGAAGCAAUCAGCAAAGCGGGUUUCAUCUCGAUUGAGCUCUCCUUCCCCGACAUCAUCGACCAUGGCACGCAUCUCCUCGGCCACCCCGUCGCGCCGGAGAACUACGCCGAGCUGAUAACAGCGUCGCGCGAGAUCCGGAAACUGUGCGACGCCAAUGGACUGACAGUUAUGAUGUUGCAGCCAUUUGCGAACUUCGAAGGCUGGGCGAAGGGGUCCAUGGAUCGGCAGGAUGCGUUUGCGAGGGCUAAUGGGUGGAUGGAGAUUAUGAAGGUUGUGGGGACGGACUUGCUUCAAGUCGGAGCCACAGAUACACCCGCCGACAAAAUCUCCACAGAACGCGACACCAUCGUCGCCGACCUACGCGAGCUAGCCGACAUGCUCGCCAAGCGCAAGUUCCGCCUCGCCUACGAGAACUGGUGCUGGUCGACGCACGCGCCGGGCUGGAAGGAAGUAUGGGACAUCGUCGAUGCCGUCGAUAGACCGAAUGUCGGGCUGUGUCUGGACACGUUCCAAACGAGCGGCAGCGAAUGGGGCGAUCCGACAACGGCGUCGGGACUCAUUGAAGAUGUAUCGCCGGAAGAGCUGCGGAAGCGGUUCGAUGCGAGCAUGGAGGAGCUGGCCCGCGUUGUGCCUGCCGAUAAGAUCUAUUUGCUGCAGAUCUCUGAUGCGUAUAAGGUGUCGCCGCCGUUGGAGGAUAAGACUAUUGGUGGGCUGCGGGCACGGGGACGCUGGAGUCAUGAUUAUAGACCUAUGCCGUAUGAUGGUGGUUAUCUACCUAUUGAGGAUGUGGCUAGGGCGGUGCUGAAGACUGGAUUCCGGGGGUGGUUCUCGAUGGAGAUUUUCGAUGCCGGGCCGCAGGGGAAAGGGAAGAAGUAUGAAAUGGAGGAAUUUGCGAAGAAGGCCAUGGAGAAUAUGCAGAAACUGCUGCGGAGCUGUGCGACAGAUUGUGAUUGA